UUUCUCCACUCCUCCAUAUUUCAUUUCCGAGCAGAUUCUCUCCAUCUCUGUCUUGCUUUCUAGGGUUUCCGAGGUUUUUCUUCUAGGGCGUUAUGAGAUUUCCUCCAUCAGAUAAUUUCAUACUUUUUUUCUUCAAAUUUCAAUUCAUAAAUCGAAUUCCUCUAUUUUUCUAAAUUUUUGUAGAUCUUUUUUCGAGCAGAUUUAUACACGUUUUCUCCAUGUAUGUGUUUUUUCUCUACGGUUCAGAGAUUGAAUUCACGGAUUCUUGAGGUUUCUUAGGUUUUCAAUUAGAGAGAUAUACAGCGUUUUCUCGGUGGAUAUCCCUUCUCUUUCGCUUCGAGCUUGAAUUUACAGACUGAUACAGUUUUUAUUUUAAUAUAUCGUUUCGUUGUAUUUGCCUGUUCAAGCUCAAAAUCAGAGGUUUCUGUUUUAUUUUAUUUUUAAUUUUAUUUAGGGAAGUUCCAUGAUUUCCGAUGGAUUCUUCUUCUGCCAAUGGUCGGAACAGUAUCAAAUUAUCUAGAAGUCGGAAGCGCAAAAAGAUCUGGAUCGCAAUCUCCGCAUUCGUUCUUUUCGUUCUUCUCAUCCUUUUGAUUUUAGGAUUUACCGUCUUCAAACCGAAGCAUGCGAUCACAACCGUUAAUUCCGUGAAGCUGUCAGGCAUGCAGGUCUCGCUCGACCCCAUCAAUUUGCGGGUCGAUCUGAACGUGACCCUUGACCUGAACAUCUCAGUCAAGAACCCGAACCCCGCGAGCUUCAGGUUCGGGAACAGCUCCACCUUGUUGUAUUACAGGGACGGCAUCGUUGGAGAGGCGGGGAUUCCGGCAGGGGAGAUACUCUCCCACAAGACGAUGGACAUGAACGCUACACUGGCACUGAUGGCGGACAGGCUGGUGUUGGAUUCUAACGUGUACUCUGAUGUUCUCUCUGGUACGUUGCCUCUGAAAACCAGUACUAGGAUUGCCGGUAGGGUCACGGUUUUGAAUGUUUUCAAGCAUCAUUUGGUUUCGUAUACGUAUUGCGAUCUGUCGAUAAAUGUUUGGAAUCGGACAGUGGGGAAAUCUGAUUGUAAAUAUAGAACCAAGUUUUGAAUUGUUCUGUUAUUAAAGAUUUUACGAUUGAAAGAGUUUGGGAUUUUCCCUGGUUCGCGAGAA